CCCCCGGCCCCGGAGCUCCGGCUGCUUCCCACCUCCCCCCCCCCCCGGCUCCCAGCGGCCGCGCACGGGGCGGGCGCAGCGGCCGGGAGGCGGCUCCAAGGCGGCGGCGCGAUCGCCAUGGCCCUGCCCCGCACGCUGGGGGAGCUGCAGCUGUACCGGGUGCUGCAACGCGCCAACCUGCUGGGCUACUACGAGACCUUCAUCCAGCAAGGGGGGGACGACGUGCAGCAGCUCUGCGAGGCGGGCGAGGAGGAGUUCCUGGAGAUCAUGGCGCUGGUGGGCAUGGCCACCAAACCCCUGCACGUCCGCCGCCUCCAGAAGGCCCUGCGUGAGUGGGCCUCCAACCCGGGGCUCUUCAGCCAGCCCGUCUCGGCCGUGCCCGUCAGCAGCAUCCCCCUCUUCAAGCUCUCGGAGGCGGGCGGGCGCAAGGCGCUCAGCAACGGGCACGCCAGCCCCGGUGAGGCUGUGGGCAAAGGGGGCAGCAGCACCGGGACACCCCCAGCGCGCAGCCCCACGGAGCCGGGGGAGAAGCUGUCACCAUCAGCGGUGCCGCCGUGGCCGGGGAGGAGCACCCCUGAGUCGGAGGGCGGUGGGGACGAGGAGCCGGGGGGUCCCCCCUUCUCCCCGGGUGGGAGCAGCGGUGAGCAGGCGGUGGGUACCGAGGUGCUGGAGCCGGAGCUGGCACGGACGGUGGCGGAGAGCGUGGAGCGGCUGCUGCAGAGCUACCCCCGCGGCGGCGAGGCCGAGCUGCGGGCGCUCCUGAAGCUCAACAAGAAGCUGGCCAAGGCCGUGGGUCACAUCUUCCAGCUGGAGGACGGCGACCGGCACAAGGAGGAGGAGAUCCGGCGGCACAGCGCGAUCUACGGCCGCGGCGAGGCCCGGCGCCGAGAGGGCAAGCAGCUCACCCUGCACGAGCUCAUCAUCAACGAGGCAGCCGCGCAGUUCUGCCUGCGGGACAACUCGCUGCUGCUGCGGCGCGUCGAGCUCUUCUCCCUGUCGCGCCAGGUAGCGCGGGAGAGCACCUACCUGUCCUCGCUCAAGGCGUCCAGGGCGCAUCCCGAGGACAGCGCAGCCACCGCGGCCAAGCGGCUCAAGCAGGAGGCGGGAGAGCAGAGCCGCCCGGAGCUGCUGCCGCUGCCGGUGGGGCCGGAGCCGCCGGGGGCCGCGUUCCGAGCCGGGCUGGAGGAGGACGCCGGCAGCCUCUCCGGGGAGAGCCUCGACGGCCACUUGCAGGUGGCGGGGGCCUGUCCCCGGCUGACGCCGCCGCCCGGUGCCGGCCCCGACGUGGCCCUGGGGCUCCCCCCGCACGGGCUCUGGAGCCGCCACCUCCUGCAGCAGACGCUGAUGGACGAGGGGCUCCGCUUGGCCCGUUUGGUCUCCCACGAGCGUGUGGGGCGGCUCAGCCCCUGCCUGCCCGGGAAGCCCCCGGCCCCCGAGCUCGAGGACGGGCUGGCAGAACGGGGUCCCCCGGCCCCCCCUGACCCCCCCCGCGGCACCAUCAAGGUGGAGCAGGAGAGCAGCCGGCAGUGAGGCCCCUGCAGACCCCCCCUCCCCCCCCCCCCCAUUAACGAAGCAAUAACGUGCUGGGGGAUGGGUACCGGCGGUGCUCCGGGUGCGGGGGGAGCCGGUGAGGGCCUGGCCACAAACCCCCCCCCCCCAAGACCCCAUCCUCUCCCGCACCGAUGCUCUGGUUACCUCAGCCGCGGCGGGAUGCGCCCCCCCCUCCCCGCCCCACAGCAGCAAUACCCUGGUCCCACCAGGCUCUGAGCCCCC